AUAAGAAGAAUCCUUUUCCAUUUAUUUAUAGGAUCGCCAGUUCCCCGGAUUUCCCUCUAUUUUUGAUCUUGCCAUUUGGGAACUCUCCGUUUUGAAUUCGGACCACCAUCAUUAUCCUACCUAUCCAGCCCCGCGGAACCGAUUCUCCGUCGUAAUACAUCAGAAAUCAUAGAAUGGCUCAUGUUGGCAGCGAACAAUCUUCCGGGCAACGUAAAUCUCAAGCCGUGUCGUGUCAAGAAUGCCGUAGACUGAAGUUGAAGUGUGACCGUGUCUUUCCUUGCGCAUCCUGCAUUCGUAGGGGCUGCGCUAAUCUCUGUCCUCAUGGAACGCUGGAAAAAGGCAAACGGGGAUUUCUUCGGAGGCUCGAGCAAUCACUACCAUCUGCAUCGUCGAAGAACAGUGCCAAGGAUGGAGAAGCCUCGGAGGUCGCUAUGUUUGUGGCAAGAGACGCUGCUAUGUCGAAGCGAAUACAGGAACUCGAGGCCGCGUUAACAAACGCAGGUGUCCCUAUACCCGGUGCGCCAAUGGCCUCUUCUAAGGCACUCAACCCUUCCAAUAAACGACCACGCAGUUCAUCAACAUCUGAGUCGAACGCAGAUUUCUCAACUUUGUCACCAGAUCCGACAAAGACACCAGGAGACCCGUCAGAUGUUACGUUGGGAUUCGGAACACUGACAAUCGAUGUGGAAAACAAGACCCGCUACAUUGGACUAUCUGGAGCUUCAGCGUAUCUCAAUGAGAACCUUUGGAAGACAGGCCAGAGUCGAAUGCCAAGUAGGAGAAAUUCGCAUGAAGACUUGUUCCUGUCAGAUAAGGAGCCAGUACCUAAUCAAGAUGGCCAUGUCUUUUCUCCCCCUCUCUCCGGUGUCGAACUCCCCCCUCCCAUGGACGACGCGGCGUUCCCUCCUUACGCUGAAGCACAUCGUUUAGCAGGUUUGUAUUUUGAAAACGCAUCGUGGAUGUAUGAGGUCGUCCCAAGAGAAAUAUUCUUUACUGCUCAUCUAACGCUGGUGUACCCAACGAGCGCCUCUCCUACCCAGAAACCCAUACCGCAUGACAUUUUGGCGCUUGUUGCCAUUGUUCUCGCUCUGGGAGCAUUCUUCGACCUUGAUCUCUCUUUUCCUGCAGCGAAGCUGCGCGCCGCACAACUUCAUUCGCUCUCUGUAGCUUGGCUGUCUGCACACAUACCACAGGACGGUGCGCUGAAAUUGGAGACCAUACCCGCUGUUCAGACUGUUCAUCUGAUGGUACUGUACCAACUCAGUACAAGAGGGAGAGGAGAUGGGGAGGCGGCAUGGCAACUUCUUGGUAUGGCUAUGAGAGCUAUCCAAGCUCAGGGCUGUCACCGAGAUGGAUCGCGCUGGAACUUGCCCGAACGGGAUUUGGAGGAACGUAGGCGAGUAUUUUGGGAGACACAUACCUACGAUCGGCUACAAUCGUUCACUUUUGGCCGUCCAUAUAGUCAGAGCGACACCCAUCAUGAUGGCGAGAUGCCUAAAAGCUGCGACACGCCUCUUCCGUCUGACAAUUCACCAGCUAACACGGAGUUUUCUCAUACACGAUGGCAUCACCACAAGUUUCGCUUUGCACUCCUCCUCGGACGUAUUAUUGAUGAAGCCUUCGCUGCGAAGCAUCCAACAUAUUCCGUUAUCAUGCAGCUGGAUAGGGAGAUUAACGAUUUUUACGUCGAAUUACCCAAGUGGAUGCUGUGCGAGAGCGUCACGGACCCCAUAAAAGAUCUGCAACCUGGAUCUGGGACGGGUCAACGGGCGUUUUUGAGAAAGGACGCUCAAAUUUUCUCGUUGGCCAAUAUGAUAUUCCUGACGAAGUUGCAUCUACAUCGAGGUCCAUUUUGUAGGGCUCUGAUGCAUGCCGGAGAAGCUUUAAAAUCCAGAUACGAAUCUAGUGUUAUCAGAUUGACUGAGGCUGCUCGUGCAAUUAUAAAUAUAUCUCGAGGAUUAUUCACAUUGCACCCAACUUUAACAUGCCGAAUGUGGUAUUUUUUGUUCCAUUCCUUCACUGCUGCGGUCUGUCUAUCAGUGCUUGUCAUUGUAGCACCCUUUCAUCCUCUUGCACCACUGGCAUAUGACUCUAUGCAGAUGGCCCUGGACCUGUUUGUUCUCGCUGAAGGAGAUAUGGCUGAGAUCGCCCGAGAACGAAUAGGACGGUUAGCUGGAAAGGCAAAAGAUGUCUUAGAGAGCUGGCGACAAGCAAACGGGCGUGAAAACGACGUAGGACGGAACGGAAGGUUCCCGGAAUCCAAUAUACGAGGCAACCCUGAGGAUCUACUCGGUGCUUCGACUACGUUGAUCAGGAUACAACCCACGGAAGGCACCCCUGUAGACCCGGAGGCUGUAGUGGAUGGACAAGGAGCGGGAGAUAUGUGUAUGUUUUUCUCUCCUCUGCAACCUGCAGACCUUCUCCAGGUCCCAUAUGCAUCUGGGAUAAGUAGAGUCCCUUUUCCUUCAUCAAUGGACCCAACGCGGGGAUGGAGCGAUGAGUCAUUCAUGAAUUACCUGAAUAAUGCUCAAACGACUGGGAAUGAUCUCGUGCUUACUCAGGUCCAGUGGACGAUGAACACAUCGGCGAAUAUUAAUUUGAAUGUAGACGGGUUUGAUCUAUCGUCAUUUAUACAAAAUGGAGCUACUGCUUGGAUGGAUUCUGAUCUGAAUGCUCCUGGUUCACCGACAUAGGAUGGUACGGACGUUGUAUUAGGAUGCAAAUUGUAUUUUCUAUUGAUUUUUUAUUACCAUUGUAUACGUACUAGAAAGCAUUGUAUUUGUAUUCAGCGUUCGUCGCCACCGCUCUUCGGUACACAAUAAUUUCUUCUUUUUUUUUGUAUUUUUUUUUGGUGACACCAAAUAAUCUUCUCGGAACC